CUCCUGAGGAAGAGGCACAUAGGGAACGACAUUGUGACCAUUGUGUUUCAGGAACCGGGGACUCUGCCCUUCACCCCUAAAAACAUCCGCUCUCACUUCCAACACGUCUUUGUCAUCGUCAAGGUCCACAACCCCUGUACUGAGAACGUCUGCUACAGCGUUGCUGUCUCUCGUUCUAAAGAUGUCCCUCUGUUCGGCCCUCCAAUCCCCAAGGCAGUGACCUUCCCCAAGUCCGCUGUGUUCCGAGACUUCCUAUUGGCCAAGGUCAUCAAUGGGGAGAACGCCGCCCACAAAUCUGAGAAGUUCCGUGCCAUGGCAACCAGAACGCGCCAGGAGUACCUCCGCGACCUGGCCGAGAACUUCGUGUCCACGGCGACCAUGGACUCGGCUGUGAAGUUCAGUUUCAUCACACUGGGAGCCAAGAAGAAGGAGAAGACCAAACCUCGUAAAGACGCUCACCUGUUCUCUGUCGGCGCCAUCACCUGGUCCGUCACCGCACGGGACUUUGGCCAAUCAGCAGACGUGGACUGUCUCUUGGGCGUGUCCAACGAGUUCAUCAUUUUAAUAGAGGAGCAGUCUAAGAACGUAGUCUUCAACUGCUCCUGUCGUGAUGUCAUCGGAUGGACAUCUGGGAUUAUUAGCAUCAAGGUCUUCUACGAGAGAGGAGAGUGUGUGAUGUUGUCUGCUCAGGAUGGCUGUGAAGAAGAUGUACGAGAAAUGGUGCAGAGACUAGAGAUAGUGACGCGUGGUUGUGAGACAUCGGAGAUGACACUGCGUCGGAACGCUCUGUGCCAGCUGGGUUUCCACGUCAACUUCGAGGGCAUCGUGGCCGACGUCGAGGCCUUCGGGUUCGCUUGGAAGGCGGGGCUUCGCCAGGGUAGCCGGUUGGUGGAGAUCUGUAAGGUUGCCGUAGCAACGCUGACCCACGAACAGAUGAUCGACCUGCUGAGGACCUCCACCACCGUCAAGGUGGUCAUCAUCCAGCCUCAUGACGAUGGAGCACCACGCAGGGGCUGUUCUGAGCUGUACCGUAUCCCCAUGGUAGAGUACAAGUUGGACAGUGAGGGGACGCCAUGUGAGUACAAGACCCCAUUUAGACGAAACACCACCUGGCACAGGGUGCCCACGUCAGCAGGUCAGCCGUCCAAUCCCAACACCAACCCCCCUGCCCGGUACUCCCCCACCCAGAGACACCCCGACCGGGCAGGCAGAGACAGGAUGGGACAGCAGGUCCUCCAGCAGGGACAGACUGCUAUCCCACGAUCCACCUCCUUCGAUAGAAAGCUGCCAGACGGAUCCAGGGCUGACUGUGAGAACCCUCAGGUGACCAUGUGUAAUAAGGGAGACCAGCACUACCGCAGUUCCCCUAGCAACCAGUCGUCGUCUAGUGACCCGGGACCCUGUGGAAGUGGAACCUGGUCUCAACCGCCUGGAUACAACGGGUGUCCGUCCUCGGUCCUCCAUGAGUGCUCCAGAGAGCUACAGGGGGGAGACAGAGAGGGGUACAGGGACACCCUCAGAGAGCCCACCCUUGAGAGUACACGGUCGGCAGAGGCCAAAUGGCACAUCCCCUCCACCAAGAUCCUCAACUCUCGGAAACAAAGGGAUGGGGGCAAGGAGUCACCCAACAAGCAGAACCGGGGGGGAGAAAAGACAUCAAGUCACUCCAGCUGUAACACCCUCUCCUCCAACGCCUCCUCCAAUAACAGUGAUGAUAAACACUUUGACUCUGGAGAUCUGAUGGAUCCUGAGAUCCUGGGGUUGACGUACAUUAAAGGAGCCUCAACAGACAGCGGGAUCGACACCAACCUCUGUAUGGGGCCUGGGGGGAGGUUACUAAUGCAGGGGGGUUGUGGGGGUGAGGGGGGACACCCCAAGGAUGGCUGCGAAGGAGAGGAUCAUGGGAAACUGUACCUGCCGCAAGGAUAUGCGUCAGCGAUCAUGACUGGUCACGUGACAGAGGGAAGCAUUGGGGACCUGAGUGAGAUCUCGUCACAUUCACACUCCUCCCACUCCAGGCAGUUGUACCUCCAGGAGGCAGCGUGUCACCAGGCAGCAGAGAGGGAGAGAGAGGCCAAGGCCCUGGAGAAGCUGUCUAAAGAAGAGUAUCUAAAGAUGAUGCUGGAGGAGAGUGGCCCAGGGGAGGACGGACGCAGGAAGAUGUCUGCGACGGGCAGCCUAUCACCACGGCGCUCCCUGUACCGUACCCUAUCAGACGAGAGUGUGUGUAGCAGCAACAGGAGGGGCUCGUCCUACGCCUCCUCCCAUAGUUCCAUGCUGGACCAGGCGCUGCCCAAUGACAUUCUGUUCUCCACCACUCCACCGUAUCACGCCACCCUGCCACCACGCAUGCCAGGACAGGGGGGAUCUAACCUCAGGAGUAAGUAUUGCACAAACACAUCCACACACAAUGGAGAUGUGGACUGCCAGGUGGACUGCCAGGUGGACUGCCUGGUGGACUGCCAGGUGGACUGCCUGGUGGACUGCCAGGUGGACUGCCAGGUGGACUGCCAAGUGCACCUGUCCAGCACCAGGGUUUCCAGCUUCUACCCCCAAGCCUUAAGACUGAUGAAUGACUGUCACAAGACAGCUUGCUGUCCUUGGCUAGGAGCCCUCCACAAGACCCAGUGUCCUUGGCUAGGAGCCGUACACAAGUCCCAGUGUCCUUGGCUAGGAGCCAUACACAAGUCCAAGUGUCCUUGGCUAGGAGCCAUACCCAAGACCCAGUGUCCUUGGCUAGGAGCCGUACACAAAACCCUGUUUCCUUGGCUAGGAGCCGUACCCAAGACCCAGUGUCCUUGGCUAGGAGCUGUACACAAGACCAAGUGUCCUUGGCUAGGAGCCGUACCAAAGACCCAGUGUCCUUGGCUAGGAGCCAUACACAAGACCCAGUGUCCUUGGCUAGGAGCUGUACACAAGACCAAGUGUCCUUGGCUAGGAGCCAUACACAAGACCCAGUGUCCUUGGCUAGGAGCCAUACACAAGACCCAGUGUCCUUGGCUAGGAGCUGUACACAAGACCCAGUGUCCUUGGCUAGGAGCCUUACACAAGACCCAGUGUCCUUGGCUAGGAGCUAUACACAAGACCCAGUGUCCUUGGCUAGGAGCUGUACACAAGACCCAGUGUCCUUGGCUAGGCGCCAUACACAAGACCCAGUGUCCUUGGCUAGGAGCUAUACACAAGACCCAGUGUCCUUGGCUAGGAGCUGUACACAAGACCCAGUGUCCUUGGCUAGGCGCCAUACACAAGACCCAGUGUCCUUGGCUAGGAGCUAUACACAAGACCCAGUGUCCUUGGCUAGGAGCCCUCCACAAGACCCAGUGUCCUUGGCUAGGAGCCGUACACAAGUCCCAGUGUCCUUGGCUAGGAGCCAUACACAAGUCCAAGUGUCCUUGGCUAGGAGCCGUACACAAGACCCAGUGUCCUUGGCUAGGAGCCGUACACGAGACCCAGUGA